CUCGUGGGGUGAGAACAGUUUCAUAUUCAAUAUUCCAGUUAUAAAGAAGCGUUGUGCGCGAACGGUUAUAAGCUUUGGGGAGAAAUAUUGAUGCCUUAGAUGAGUAGAAGGUCCUGACUGAUGGCAAUAGCAGAGACAUGGGUGAAAAUCAUCAGUUACAUCAGAUGGAACUGGCAAUGGUGCCAUUACAUGGAUUAUGCAAGAUUGUGUGGCAUUGUCAGGCAAUAUUUCAAUGUUCUCUCAGGUUAUAAUGAACAGACUUACUCCAUGAGUACUGAAUAAUAUGAUUUCUUCUCUACUUCUGAAUGUACAGAAGUUGCUAUGCGCAAACAACAAACAUUGGACAGGAUAGGUGAGACCAUUCCACAUAUUAAGUGGACUGAUCUUACUGCCACCAAAGAAAGCCAAAUGUCAGUGGGUCAGGAGAGUGAGUUAUCAGAUGAGGGACUCUCAUUGAGGACUGAGUCUGAUGACAAAGCAACCCCAGAUGUGCUUCUUGUUCCACCACAAGAUCAGACAAAGGAUUACAGCAAGCAGAACUCGCCAAAAAAUGAAUCAGACUUAAACCAGAUGAGUCUUCUUGAAAACCAGACUGUUGAAAAUAAAUUAGUUCCUUUUCAUGAGAAUACAAGAAGUCUACCAACAAACAUGCAGCUGAUACCCAAGAUAGAGUCUGAUAAUGCUAUGACAGAAGCUUGUGAGGUAACAACCAAAGCUACAAACAUUGCCAACAUCUCAUCCAAUGAUUUACUAGAGAUUAAGGUUCAACGACAAUCUGUUUUUAAUAAAGGUUUUCAUAAUGACAAACUACCAUCACCUGGUGGAGGCAAUCACACAAGCAAGGAGUCAUGUACUGAGAAUAAAACACAGGUUGUGGAUGAGGCACAUGCAAGAGAGAGUAAACUUAAGAUGGACCUAAAUGCAGACAAAGAAAAAUUUAAAAAUAGCCAAGAAUGCAUUGAAGAUUGUAAAACGCAAAUUUUAUGUAAUGUCAGAAAGGAGAGACUUAAUAUCGGAAAGAACAUGGCAGUGACAACGUCUUUGGGACAGUAUGAAGAAGACAUGGUAUUAGAUUUAAGCCUACCAAAAAAGAAAGAUCGAAGUAAAGAGAAGAAGUGUGAAUGGGUUGUAGACCCUGAAUAUGAAGGUUCACUUCACAUGGAAGUUGAUGAAAUUGAGGAGGAGCCUCAACAUGUAGAAGUGGAGCAGGAGGACGACAAUGAAAUUUGCUGGAUUCCAUCAGUAAGUGACGCGCAUACAUAUCUGCCUCAGCAUUGGGAUGGACAUCUGUCCUCCUCAUCGCUAGAAGCCAUGCCAACCACAUCGUAUCCCAACAUCAUAAUCCCAGAUCCGAUGGAUACACUGCUUAUAGAUGACCAGGGCAUUCCUUAUACACUCACCGCAGAUGGACAGAAAGUUCCACAAAUUGAUCAUAUACAGCAUGCCGAGGGGCUCUCUGAACCAACAGAGCUAAGCCCAGGACAAGCUGAAGAUAAGCCCUCAUUCAUUGCUGAUGUACAGGAUAUUGCAGACUCCAGACUACAGGCACUACCCAAUUCACUGUGUCCAAAUAAGUCUAUAGGUCAUGUCUCAGUGGAAACCUCACAAGUUGCCCCAAACCAGGAGCCAAAAUCUUCUUACAGUUCUGUAGCUCUUGAUAAACCUUCCAUCAUACCUGCCGUGUCUGACUUGGCAUCAGUUCCCAUUCAGAUUGUGGCUAAUACUACAGGGUCAAACACUCCCAUUCUUCUUCUUCCUCCAUCUCAGCUUCAGUCUCUUUCCUCACCGGCCUCUAAAGCCAACCCAGGGCUAAUUACUCUUUCCUUACCAGUUUCACUUAGUCAGAACACUCAGUCCUCCCCUGUUUUCCUAGUUUUGUCAUCUCCUCAGGUGUCCUCAACUCAGAGUUCGUCCUCGCCCGGGCAGUUAUCGCAAAUUUCCUCUUCUUCCACUGUUGCACUUCCCUUAGCAACUUGUCCACUUGAUUUGGGAUCUUCAUUAAGUUCACGUCCAUCACUUCUCAGCCUCAGCACGAUUUCCUCUGCCACAGCUACAGACAUCUCAGGACCGAAUAACCCUUCUAAUCUUCCUGCUAGCCCUACCUCAUCAACUGCUUCCUCUAGCACUUCCACAGUGACCUCUACAAGUCCAACCAAGCAAUUCAGCACUGAUGCCUACUCCGACACACCAGUGCCCACUUCCUUUCGAGAAGCCCUUCUCAGAUUGGCUGUGUCUGUGGAGAAGAAACAAGAAAACCAGCCUGAGACGCAUUCAGUCACUACUCCUUCAUGUUCUGAAGCAACCAAGCCCGAUUCCUCUGCCACAGUCAAUGAAAGUAAAAAUAAGGAGAUAGAGGUAAACUGUGAUGGUGAGACUGAGUCUACCUCGGUAGACCAAACAGACUCAUUAGAUACCACCUCUUCUAUGUCACCCAUUUGUCCUGGAUCACCUGGAAAUUCAAUAAAUGACCCAAAGAACCAAGCAUUAGGCCCUCGUCGUAUUCUUUACUGUCAGUACUGUCCAAGAGUCUUCUACUAUCUUUCGGACCUUGAGCGCCAUUCCAUCACACACUCCCAAAGCAAACCCCAUGUAUGUCAACUUUGUGGCAAGGCGUUCAAAAGAUCAAGCCAUCUUGAGCGACACAAACACAUCCAUACAGGUCAGAGAAACUUUGUGUGCCAGCUUUGCCCAAGGCGUUUUCGUGAAUCAGGGGAACUAAUGAGGCACCAGAGAGUACACACUGGUGAGAAACCCUUUCAGUGCUUAAUAUGCCACAUGCGUUUUGCAGAGCGCAACACGCUACGACGUCACACGAAGCGCAAGCACCAAGGCCAGCAGCUGGAGGCAAUGGACAUGAAGGCAAAGCCAGACAGUGGAGGGAUUUCGCUUGCUAGUAUACAAGGCGAGCCAGAAGAGAAUGCAGAGUGGUACAGUUCAACAGUUCCUGAAAUGGAGUCUGACAGUGACACAGGGGAAGAAUAGGAACUACAUGGAGGGCGUAAACAAAUACUUCUUUUUUUAAAUUUUAAAAAGAUAAGCAGAGUUGUAAAUACAUUUAAUUUAUUUUGUAUUGAGUAUAAUAAUUCCUUCUCACAAGUUACAUCUUAUUGUCUAUAUUUCAUUCCAUUAACUCUCGAGACCUUUACUGGUGAUGACUGAACUCGAAUAUUCAACUUCGAAUUCAUUCUAAUAAGCUUCAGUUAUUGAGUUAGACCUCUUGGUGAAAUACAUUUGUUUUGAUUCUUUACUUUGAAUAACUUUGAAAUACCCUUAUUUGCUUUUUAUUUAUUGUUCUCAUUUCAGUUUUUUUCAUAUGAAGCAUCUUUCUUUAAGGGUGUGAUGUAGUUACUGUAAAAGAAUAAGAAGCUCAUUAUUGUUAUUUAUGGUUUUAUAUUAUGAUUUCAUGACGUCAAGGAUUUGCCUAGAGUAGUGCAUCAGCAUAUCUAGGCCAUUAAUGACUAGGCCCACCCAAAAGUCCGCAGAAUUAGAACUUAGAUCACUCUCCAAGUUCUUCAACACAUCCUCCGCUCUUUUCAUUGUGAGACUCCACCUGACCUGCAGAGGACAGUAUGGAGUUGUCCUCAUUAAACUUUAAAACUUGCAUUGUACAAAUCUUUUGACCUGGCAUAUCCAAUGGUGUCAUUUACACCUUUAUUUUCCGUUGUUUUUAUUGAGAUUCUUCAUCAAUUGGUUGAAGAACACAUUGUAUUUUUUGCAUCCCUUCUGUAGAAUUUCUACAGAUUCCCUACAAAAUGCAGAAGGAAAAAAAAUGUAGAUUGCAUCUGGGCCUUUUCAUGACUCUGCUUAUUCAUAUUCAGAUUUUAUGCAUUUUAAAUCUCACUCUGUGUUCAUUUCAAUUUCUCCCUCAUGGCUAUUUUUACAAAAGGGAGUAGUAUAGUCACGUUCAUAUUUUUCUUUUAAAAUGCUCUCCUUUGUUCUUCUUUAAUAUUGAACUUGAACUAUUUGGUUUAGAAACCCUUUGCCUUCAUCAAGGCAAGUAUAAGUUAUUAGGUUGGAAAAUAUACUUUUAUCUGGACAAAGAAGAUUUUACUUGAUAAGACAGUUGUUACAAAUCAUUGCAGAGAGUUUGAAUUAAAAUUUCAAGAAAAUUUGCACAUUGUGAUAUAAGUUAUUUAUUUUAAAAAAGAUUCCAUUGUCAUAGGUACAGUGAUACAAUUCUGCAAUUCUGGUGCGUGCUCUUGCACAAUUCAAAUUAAUCUUGAUGAUCUAACAUUAGGCUUGAAUGUCUAAUUUAUUAGUUUCUUGAGAUUCAGUUCUUUAGGUAUGCAGCUUGAAAAAAACCUUGCUUAAAAAGGUUUAAAGGUUCAGACACUGCUGAUUAUUUCUGUUUAUGUAAUUUGCCAUGUAAAUAACCAAACAUCAUGCACGAACUGGACACCUUGGGCUAAUCUAAAGUUCUGUUGGUUAAAUUUCAGAUUUGAUUAAGAAUCUGAAUAUUUGCACACACUAAUUAAAGCUUGUCAAGCCCUUCUGUUUUCCAGUGAUUCUCAUGCUUAAUUAACUUUGCUUUAGGCUCGCAGCAGCACAUAUUUUGCACGCAGUGGAAGUGUGUCCAGCUGCUGAACGAUAUCACUACAUUUGGUUUGCACACUUGCUUGCAUAUUACUUCAUUCAGAUUGGUUUAGUUUUUUUAUUACGUUCAUUUCAAUGUAGAUUCAAAACACAUUUUAAAAAUAUUCAGCUCCUUACAAAUUAAUGGUGAAUGCUCAGAGUGUUUUAGCUAACGAAGAAUAAUCUUGCACCAAUGAGAAUUAUUUAUUUAUGGUGGAAAUGUAUAUAUUUGAAAUGGCGUGCUAUGUCACAGAACACUUUAUAUAUUUAAUACACAAUUUAAAAAACGACUGCAGAUAUUUAAACAGCCUAAUUUCUGUAACCUGUGUCACAGGAUUUUGAAUAAAAUGAAUCAAAUUCA